GAUUGGUGCAGCGCUUUAGCGGGAUUUUCCUCUUCUUCCGUGUUAGUAGUGAGUCGGGACUUUCUGCUGAUGCGCGCGCGCUUGUGUUUAUUAAUUUAACUAAACGGAAUUUAAACCGAAUAAAAGACAAAAAUGGAAGAGAAACAGCUGCUGGGGCGCUUUAAUAGGUCAUUGAAUAUCAGUAAUGCAGAAAGCGAGGAGAUCUAUAACAGGUUCAGACAGCAGGGGAAGGAAGCAGCCCAGCGAGGUGAUCUCGAACUUUCUCUUCGUUUUUUUCGGCAAGCAUUUGAUCUGCGGCCGAGCGACAAAAUGCAGAGUCGAAUCCUGCGAUUGGAGGAAGCCAUAAAGGAACUAAAGGUACUGGAGCAGGAGGAAGAGGAGGAGGAGUUUGUAGAUGUGCUCUGCUGUGGCUUGAUGAUGUAUAAAGGACUUUAUGAGCAGCUGUAUGAGCACCAGAGAGAGGGUGUGGCCUUCCUGUACAGCCUGCACAAGGACGGGCGGGGUGGCGGCAUCCUUGCUGACGACAUGGGCCUGGGCAAAACGGUGCAAGUAAUCAGCUUUCUGUCGGCUAUGUAUGAUGCCGAGCUGAUUAACCGCACUCUCCUUGUUAUGCCCACCUCCCUCAUCAAGAACUGGCUGAGUGAAUUUAAGCGCUGGACCCCUGGGCUACGUGUCAAAGAAUUUCAUGGAACCAGCAAAACGGAGCGCAGCCGGAACCUGGAGCGAAUCCAACGUGGGAGUGGAGCCAUCAUCACCACUUAUCAAAUGCUAAUUAAUAACUGGCAGCAGCUGGCUUCAUUUGCUGGGCAAGAGUUCAUCUGGGAUUACAUCAUCCUAGAUGAAGCACACAAGAUCAAAAGCUCAUCAACCAAGAGUGCAAAGUGUGUGAAAGCAGUUCCAGCACGACACCGGCUCCUGCUCACUGGCACACCGGUUCAGAACAACCUGCGGGAGAUGUGGGCACUGUUUGACUUUGCCUGCCAGGGUGCAUUGCUGGGCAGUGCCAAGACCUUUAAAACAGAGUAUGAGAACCCAAUCACACGGGCGAGGGAGAAAGAUGCCACACCUGGAGAGAAAGCUCUUGGGCUUAAAAUCUCGCAGAAUCUGACCGAGCUCAUCAGACCGUACUUUCUACGGAGGACCAAAGCUGAAGUACAGAAAAGGAAGCUGCUUGCACACAAAACUAAAGAGGAAGAUCAGAAACAGGAAAAGCAGAGUACAAGAGUGAAUGAGGUUCCAUCUCUAACACGAAAGACAGAUCUGAUUGUGUGGACGUACCUGAGUGACGUACAGGAGAACAUCUACAGACAAUUCAUUUCUCUGGACCACAUCAAACAGCUGCUGACCACCACACGCUCGCCACUUGCAGAGCUCACGGUGCUCAAAAAGCUCUGUGACCAUCCCAGAUUGCUCUCUGCCCGAGCCAUUACUCAGCUCGGAUUUGGGGCGGGGCCAGUGGACUUCCACGAGGAUGAAGGUCAGUCAGCUGCAAGCAGUAUUGUAGAUGUGCCAGACGAGACGCUGGUCGGCGAGUCCGGAAAGCUGUGUUUCCUGCUGAGUUUAAUGGAGAGUCUGAGAGAUGAGGGCAAGCGGACGCUUGUCUUCUCCCAGUCCAGGAAGAUGCUGGACAUCAUUGAGCGUGUGCUAACAAACAGGAAGUUCCGUUUGCUGCGUGUGGACGGCACCAUCACACAACUGGCUGAGAGAGAAAGGCGCAUUGCUCUGUUUCAGACAGAUGCACGCUACUCUGUCUUUCUGCUGACCACACAGGUGGGUGGAGUUGGCCUCACUCUCACUGCUGCAAAUAGAGUGGUGAUCUUUGACCCGAGCUGGAACCCUGCGACAGAUGCACAAGCAGUAGACCGAGCAUACCGUAUUGGCCAAACACACGACGUCAUCAUCUACAGACUCAUCACAUGUGGAUCUGUAGAGGAGAAGAUCUACAGACGACAGGUGUUUAAGGACUCUUUGAUCCGCCAGACCACGGGGGACAAGAAGAACCCGUUCCGGUACUUUUCUAAGCAGGAGCUGAAGGAGCUUUUCACACUGGAGGACGCGCACUCAUCUUCCACUCAGCUGCAGUUGCAGUCGCUUCACUCUUCUGUGUGCCGCACUGACCCUGAGCUGCAGUGUCACAUCUCUGCUCUGAAGGGCAUGAACGUGUUUGGCGUGUCCCGUCAUGACCUGCUGUUCUCUAACGAGGAGCAUGAAGAUAGCCUGCAGGACGAGGAGACUCAUUACAUUGAGCAGCGUGUACAGAAAGCGCAGGAGCUCGUCCAGGCCGAGUCCCAGCUGCACAGUCUCAUGACGGACAAUGUCAAUCAAAACACAGAACCUGCUUGGCUUCGGUUGUCACGGCAACAGGGCCCAUACCAACACACAGCAAUGGGUGAUGGCAAAACCACGCCCCCUUGCCAUAACCUCAGCCCACCUGCCGUAGUGGAUCUAACCCAAUCACGAUCGGAUGAGGAGGAGUGUGUGAUAGACCGCAGAUCUCCGCAGGUCAGAGAGAACAGUUUUGUUGGACGAGGAUUUAAGAGCAUAGAUGAAGAGCAGAGUUUAAUUGUAGAGGAGCAAUCUGAUGAUAUACUCACACACUCACAUCAGAUCAUACACAUCUCUCCCUUAAAGCAGUCAGAUUUAUCUGUAGCUAUGCUGGAGACAGAGGCAACCAUACCGAAAACAUUUACACAGGUGUCAUUGGGCUCACAUGAAGCCUGCGUUAUGGCUGAUGCAGAGGCAUCUAAAUCCCAUUUGGGGGUGGGGUUAGAUUCAUCUACAGAGUCCAGCCUUAACCCUGAUACCAGCCUUAACCCCGAUGCCAGCCUUAACCCCGAUGCCAGCCUUAACCCCGAUGCCAGCCUUAACCCCGAUGCCAGCCUUAACCCCGAUGCCAGCCUUAACCCCGAUGCCAGCCUUAACCCCGAUGCCAGCCUUAACCCUGAUGCCAGCCUUAACCCUGAUUCAAAAGAAUCUUUUCAAGGUAACUUUAACCUGAAGCUGGAAGACAGUGCAGAGCUGCUGUCAGAGGAAAAACAGGAGGAUUUUGACCAGAAAGACGUGGAGAUAAGUACAGGGAGUGAAGACUUUCAGUUGCAGAUGGAUGACACUAGAGAGAGGAUGGAGGAGUGUAACUUUGAUAGUGUGAAACAAAAGUCAUUAGAUGAGUCACCACUUUGGUUCAACAAGAAGAAAAAACUGCGAGUCAUCUAUGAUAGUGAGGAAGAUGGGCAAGAAGAGGAGGAGGAGAAACCUGUUUUGGCUAGCAGUCCAUUAGCUAGCAGCUUCACUGGCCUCGGAUGUUCUACACCCAAAUCUGCACUGUAUAAUGGCACCAACCGCAGGUGCAGUAUGAACAUUUCAAUUGCGUCACGACGGUCUCUAGUAGAGUCACUGCUGCAGGACAUGGAGGAGGAGGAGGAGGAGGAGGAGGAGGAACCAGAGGUGGGGAAGCAGCCAGAGGAUGAAGGCAGUUCUGAAGGUGCUGAGCUUAACCAUACAUCUGAAGUCAGUGGAACAUGUGACGAUGAAUCAUUGUUGGAGGAGACGGAGCCCAGUGAAUCAUUCAUUUCUGUAGAGCCUGGUGGAGAAACACUACAUUCAGAACAAAGUCAGUGUGAGGAGGAAGAGGAAGGUGAGGAAGAAGAGGAAGGUGGUGGUGUAAAGGGUUUCACUGAUGAAUCCACUGAUGUUGAACUAGCUUCUAGUGAAGUAUUGGAUCAGUGUGCACCCUCUGAAGUCCAAAACCCAAAUUAUGGUGAACAUCCAGAGGAAUCAUUCGAGUCUCUGGUGAGUUCUGGGAGACGUUGUUUAGCUGACGGGAGGAAACAGGAAGCACUGGACUUUUUUCUAAAGGCUAUCGACAUUAACUCUGGAGAUAGUGAGAUUCAAUUGCUUAUCAUCCAACUAUACAGGCAUCUGAGUUGUGAAAAUGAGCCAACAAAUCAAAGACUUCAGCAGAUAAUCGGGACGUUAAAGGACUGUCUAAAAGGAAGAGAAGAAACAGGUGUUUUUUCUUCUGCUGUUGCAAAUUAUGUAAAAAUGUAGUUCUUGAUGUGUGCAGCGUUUUUUUGUAAAUCUCUUGAUGGUUAUACGCAGGGAAGAAAAUAUAACCGACUGCUAGCUGUACUUACAGAUUGUGAAAUGUGUGUAUAAAUACUUUUUAGUCAUUUUGCUACUUCAAUAGAUUCGAUCUAAAGUUAGUUGUCAUUAAAAUUUUCUGAAUGAAUCUAAGUUCCCAUCUUGAAAUAAUGUGAAGAACACUCGACUCAUUGGGUCACGGAGCUAAAGUGUUUGGUUUGAUAUGAAUUAAUAAUCAGACAUAAGGGGAUGUCGGCCUGCUGUGUCAGGUUUUAUGGUUUCUUUGUAUGUAGCAAAUUUUGCAGCAAUGAGUUGAUGAGACACAUCUGUGUCUCAGGUUCAUGUAUAAGCUUAAAAUAUGAAGUCCCAUUAACUAGGUUUUACGUUAUUAUUCAGGUACGUUAUUUUGAGCUUGGUGUCCCCAGGCAUGUCAUUCUGACCCUACAGUGUUCAGUGCUAUGUUAUUUUGAUAUUACACUCUUGGAAAGGAAGUUAAAACCGACACAAACCGUGUUAAGUUCUGGCACUUUAAUGAGUCUAAGAGUAAAUGUGUCUGUAAAGUUAACACAAUAUUAUGUGCUGUCUUUGGCUACACACAUUGUUAAGAACACACCAAAAUUCUUACAGAAUUUAUUUUUAUUUGACACAAGCGUUAGGGUUAAAACCCUUUUUAUUUUUACAAUAAAAAUUGUACUUAUGGACA